GGCUCCUGUGGCAUAAAUGACGUGCCGAGAGAGCGAGCGAACGCGCAGCCGGGAGAGCGGAGUCUCCUGCCUCCCGCCCCCCACCCCUCCAGCUCCUGCUCCUCCUCCGCUCCCUACACACAGACAAGCUCACACCCGCUCCCUCACUCGCACACACAGACACACGCGCGCACACACACUCCACUCUCUCCCGCGCGCUCACACCCCUCUCGCCCUGCGCCCUCGCGGGUGCAGAGCCGCGCGGCAGCCGGACGCCCCUCCUGGGCUCACCUUGCAACGCUGACAGCGCCGGCGGUGGCCGUGGAGGUGGGAACAGCGGCGGCAUCCUCCCCCCUGGUCGCGGCCCGAGCUAGGACGCUCGCGGAACCCCUCGGCGGCGCUCUCCCAUGAGUCGGGAUCGCAGCAUCUCUUGCCAGCCACUCACCGCCUCUGGGAGCCACUGGGCUUGUACACGGCAGCCCUUCCGGGACAGCAGCUGUCACUCCCCUCAGUGCAGAUUUCGGAACAGCUCUCUAGAAACUCGCUCUAAAGACGGAACCGCCACAGCACUCAAAGCCCACUGCGGAAGAGCGCAGCCCGGCAAGCCCCAGCCCUGAGACUGGACGCUCAGCGGAGCCGGGCAGCACCGCAGCCGCUUCGCCUCGCCGCACAUCCCCGCCUCCUACACUCUCAGCCUCCGCUGGAGAGACCCCCAGCCCCACCAUUCAGCGCGCAAGAUAUCCUCCAGAUAUGCCCUGCGUGCAAGCCCAGUAUAGCCCUUCGCCUCCAGGUUCCAGUUAUGCAGCCCAGACCUACGGCUCGGAAUACACCACGGAGAUCAUGAACCCCGACUACGCCAAGCUGACCAUGGACCUCGGCAGCACCGAGAUCACGGCCACGGCCACCACAUCCCUGCCCAGCUUCAGUACCUUCAUGGAGGGCUACUCGAGCAACUACGAACUCAAGCCCUCCUGCUUGUACCAAAUGCAGCCGUCGGGGCCGCGGCCCUUGAUCAAGAUGGAGGAGGGCCGCGCGCACGGCUACCACCAUCACCACCACCACCACCACCACCAUCACCAGCAGCAGCAGCAGCAGCAGCCUUCCAUUCCGCCCCCCUCUGGCCAGGAGGACGAGGUGCUGCCCAGCACCUCCAUGUACUUCAAGCAGUCGCCGCCGUCCACCCCCACCACGCCGGGCUUCCCCCCGCAGGCGGGGGCGCUCUGGGACGAAGCGCUGCCCUCGGCGCAGGGCUGCAUCGCGCCGGGCCCGCUGCUCGACCCGCCGAUGAAGGCGGUGCCCACGGUGGCCGGCGCGCGCUUCCCGCUCUUCCACUUCAAGCCCUCGCCGCCGCACCCGCCCGCGCCCAGCCCGGCCGGCGGCCACCACCUGGGCUACGACCCGACGGCCGCCGCCGCGCUCAGCCUGCCGCUAGGAGCCGCCGCCGCCGCGGGCAGCCAGGCCGCCGCGCUCGAGGGCCACCCGUACGGGCUGCCGCUGGCCAAGAGGGCGGCCGCGCUGGCCUUCCCGCCGCUCGGCCUCACCGCCUCUCCCACCGCCUCCAGCCUGCUGGGCGAGAGCCCCAGCCUGCCGUCGCCGCCCAACAGGAGCUCGUCGUCGGGCGAGGGCACGUGCGCCGUGUGCGGGGACAACGCCGCCUGCCAGCACUACGGCGUGCGCACCUGCGAGGGCUGCAAGGGCUUCUUCAAGAGAACGGUGCAGAAAAAUGCAAAAUAUGUUUGCCUGGCAAAUAAAAACUGCCCCGUAGACAAGAGACGUCGAAACCGAUGUCAGUACUGUCGAUUUCAGAAGUGUCUCAGUGUCGGGAUGGUUAAAGAAGUUGUCCGUACAGAUAGUCUGAAAGGGAGGAGAGGUCGGCUGCCUUCCAAACCAAAGAGCCCGUUACAGCAGGAACCUUCUCAGCCCUCUCCACCUUCUCCUCCGAUCUGUAUGAUGAAUGCCCUUGUCCGAGCUUUGACAGACUCAACGCCCAGAGAUCUCGAUUAUUCCAGAUACUGUCCCACUGAACAGGCCGCUGUUGGCACAGACGCUGAGCAUGUGCAACAGUUCUACAACCUUCUGACAGCCUCCAUUGAUGUAUCCAGAAGCUGGGCAGAAAAGAUUCCCGGAUUUACUGAUCUCCCCAAAGAAGAUCAGACAUUACUUAUAGAAUCAGCCUUUUUGGAGCUGUUUGUUCUCAGACUUUCCAUCAGGUCGAACACUGCUGAAGAUAAGUUUGUGUUCUGCAAUGGACUUGUCCUGCAUCGACUUCAGUGCCUUCGUGGAUUUGGGGAGUGGCUCGACUCCAUUAAAGACUUUUCCUUAAGUUUGCAGAGCCUGAACCUUGAUGUCCAAGCCUUAGCAUGCCUGUCAGCACUGAGCAUGAUCACAGAACGACAUGGGUUAAAAGAACCAAAGAGAGUGGAGGAGCUAUGCAACAAGAUCACAAGCAGCUUAAAAGACCACCAGAGUAAGGGACAGGCUUUGGAGCCCACGGAGCCCAAGGUCCUGGGUGCCCUGGUUGAACUGCGGAAGAUCUGCACCCUGGGCCUCCAGCGCAUCUUCUACCUGAAGCUGGAAGACUUGGUGUCUCCACCUUCCAUCAUCGACAAGCUCUUCCUGGACACCCUGCCUUUCUGAGCAGGAGCAGCCUGAGCAGGGAGCCGCCUCAUCUGCUAGCACCUGCUUGCUAAGCAGCAGAGGGAUGGGUCUGGACACCUACCAUUUUCUGUCCUUCCUUAAGAGAAAAAGCAGCUCCUGUAGAAAAGAAAGACUUUUUUUUUUUUUCUGGCACUUUUCCUUACAACCUAAAGCCAGAAAACUUGCAGAGUAUUGUGUUGGGGUUGUGUUUUAUAUUUAGGCUUUGGAGUUCGGGUGGGAGGGGGGUAUAGUUCAUGAGGCUUUUCUAAGAAACUGCUAACAAAGCACUUUUGGACGAUGCUAUCCCAGCAGGAAAAAAAAAGGAUAACAUAACUGUUUCAAAACUCUUUCUGGGGAAUACAAUUAUAGUGGCUUUGUAUUUAAAAACAAGAACAGCCAAGGGUUGUUCGCCGGGGAGGAUGUGUCUGGAGAUGGAUCCCUUUAGAAUACACUUCCUGUAUCGAGGGUACAUAUGUGGUGCAAACAAGGCAGAAAUUCCCUUUUCUUAAUUUCUUUCUUCCUUUAUUUUAUUUUAACAAAUGGUGAAAGAUGGAGGAUUACCUAUAAAUCAGACAUAGCAAAAUGAUAAUGGCUGUUUGCUUCCAUAUACAAGUGCAAUUUUUAAAGUGCUGUCUUACUAAAUCUUGUUUAUUAACUCUCCUUUAUUUUAUAUAGAAAUAAAAAGGAGGCAGUCAUGUUAGCAAAUGACACAUGCUAAUUUCCUAGCAGAGGCUUUGUCCACCUGCCCUGUAGAACUCUUCUGAGGUAUGGUCCAUCCAAGACUUUAGGCCAUUCUUGAUGGAUCCAGAUCCCUGCUUUGACUGUCCAGCUGUCCUGAAAGGGGCUCAACUUAUAAAACAGAUUGCAUACAGCUGUUUUGGUUGUGUUCUAUCAAUCCAGCCAGAGUUUCCUAAACUUACUUCAGCUAUAGCAACUGCCUGACACAUUCAUUCAGAAGCCCCAGGAGCGUUCAGUGAGUCUCAAGUGUUGGACCCCUAGAUGAGAACGUGCAAAUAAGUAGGAACUGGAUCAUACAGGGUAAGCACCAGGGAUAAUAAGGUUUUUAAAAUAUAUAUAAUUUAAUUUUUGUUAUUGGUUAAAGAGACAAUUUUGGAGAGCAAGCAAGUCUUAUUAAAAAAAUAAUAUGAAUGUGAGUACUAGAAAGGAUUAGUGGGCUGCGUUUCAACAUUCCGUGUCCGUUCUCCUUUUGUAUGUUUAUCCUGUUAAUGCCAUAUUAUUAUGAGAUAAUUUGUUGCAUAGUGUCCUUAUUUGUAUAAACAGUUGUAUGCACGUUAUAUUGUAAUAGCUUUGCCUGUAUUUAUUGCAAGACCACCAGCUCCUGGAAGCUGCGUUACAGAGUACUUAAAUGGGGUGUUCACAGUGACUUGGAUACACCAAUUAGAAAUUAAAUAAGCAAAUAUAUAUAUAAAUAUAACAGGUUACAUAUAUAUAUUUAUAAUGUGUCUUUUUAUUAACCAUUUGUACAAUGAACGUUACUUCCCAUGCGGUUAUUUUAUGGUUCAUUUGCAGUGACUUUUAAGGCAGUACUGUUUAGCACUUUGAUAUUAAAAUUUUGCUUAUGUUUUGCUAAAUUCAAAUAAUGUUUGAAGAUUUUUAGGUCUAAAAGUCUUUAUAUUAUAUACUCUGUAUCAAAUCAAAAUAUCUUUGGCCAUUUUGCUAAGAAACAAACUUUGAAUGUCAAACUGAUGUCACAGUAGUUUUUGUUAGCUUUAAAUCAUUUUUGCUUUAGUCUUUUUAAAGGAAAAAUAACAAAACUAUGCUGUUUAUAUUGUCAUUAAAUUAUACAAUCAAACAAAUGCCAAAUGAAUUGCCUGAUUGCUGCAAAGGAUAACCCAGAUAACAAAUCAUAUAUUUUUUUUUUCCAAGAGUCAUUCUGAUAUUUGAUCAUGUACUAUGUUUGUGUGAUGAGCUUUUAUGAAAGAUGAUUAUUUUUAUAUCAAGAUGAUAGGAUCUGGAAAGUUAGGAUUUUGGAAUGUUAGACUUAAAAGGGGCCUGACUAGUCAACUAGUCUACCCCCUGAAAUUCAUAGAGGAGAAAACUGGGGCCUAGCAAUGGGUAAAGAGUUACCCAAGAUCAAACAGCUAGUAAUAGAAUCAAAACUAGGACCUAAUUCUCCUUUCCAUAGUCUUUUUUAUUCAACUUACUGCAUGUAUAGCAAAACAGGCUUUUAAAAACAACCAUUAACAUUUACAUUUUACCUGACGACAACCAUGAGUAAAGUGGUACUUUUGCAUUAAUUUUUUGAGCUUAUAUGCAAACAUAAUAAACAUUAUUAAAUAUCAGAAAAGCUAACAUUUCAUACAAGGUAGCUUCAGACCAAAUUCAAAUUGAAUUUGAAUAAAUUAGAAAUACUGUGCAUACAUAACCCUUUUGUGCACCAUUAGUAUUGGAAAGUUAAUCCUUGUUUUUUUUGUCAUGUCUGUAAGGAAAAGCAAAACAAAACAAAAAAACAGAGCCCUAGGGAAAUGCUGUUACUUUUUAUUUUUACACCCAUCAGAUUUAAGGAAAAGAUUUUUUAGCCGUGAUAUCGAUUGGUUGGAAGGAAUGAAGGUUUUUAGUUAUAGGUCCAGACACUAGUGCUGAAAAUAAAGAUUACAGCCAACGCUCUUCUGUCUUCCAUAGUUAUUACAACUAUGAGAGCCUCCCAAGUCAUCUAUCAAAUCAACUCUCUUUUUUUGUCUUAAUGUUGACAUACAAGUUUAUGCAGAGUGGAUGACCAAACUAGCUCAGAGGAGGACAGCAAGAAUUAAAGCAGGUGAUUCUUCCCUUGUGGGAGAGCUCUCUCAGUAGGAACAUGCCUUCUGCGGGCGGAAAUCAGGAAUCCACCAGCUGUCAAUGGAGAGUGCCUUGCUUUUAUUUCAGACAGCAGAGUUUUCCAAAGUUUCUCUGCUCCUCUAACAGCAUUGCUCUUUAGUGUGUGUUAACCUGUGGUUUGAAGGAAAUGCUCUUGUACAUUAACAAUGUAAAUUUAAAUGAUUAAAUUAAAUUACAUUUUAUCAAUGGCUA